AGGAGCGCAGGGGGAGAAAGCAGUUGAGUUGCAGUUUUGUACGCAAACGAAACCAUGCCUGAACCAGCGAAGUCAGCCCCAAAGAAGGGAUCCAAGAAGGCCGUUACUAAGACGGCAGGUAAGGGAGGCAAGAAGCGCAGGAGGACUAGGAAGGAGAGCUAUGCCAUCUACGUGUACAAGGUGCUGAAGCAGGUCCACCCCGACACCGGUAUUUCCUCUAAGGCUAUGGGCAUCAUGAACUCCUUCGUGAACGACAUCUUCGAGCGCAUCGCCGGAGAGGCUUCCCGCCUUGCCCACUACAACAAGAGGUCAACCAUCACCUCCAGGGAGAUCCAGACUGCCGUGCGCCUCCUGCUCCCUGGUGAGCUGGCCAAGCACGCCGUGUCUGAGGGCACCAAGGCUGUGACCAAGUACACCAGCUCCAAGUAAAGCGCUUGUCGACGUUACCCUUCUCCACCCAAAGGCUCUUUUAAGAGCCACCCACUGUCUCGGAAAAGAGCGGCAUUUUCUGUCUUGUAUUCUAUUCGAUUCUAUACCGAGUAGUUUAGGCUGCCUUCGGUAUGAUGGGCGUUACGCAAGUAAACUUUCCUUGACUGCCAUUC